CUGUGCGCACGGCGUUGGUAUACGGCAUAUUUAAAUGAAAUCGGUUGAAAAAUAAAGACUUGAUAACUUAGGCUAAAGUUAAUUGAGAGUGAAACCUCUAAGCUUGGACGCUAUCCUUGGUGUUAAAUUACAAUAAUGCCCAUUGUUGACUCCCAUCAUGGCGAAACGGGGGCGAAACCUAGAAUUCUCGCGUCUGUGACAUCAGCUAGGAAACCUCAAUAAGACGGGAAUUCCACUCUUAGUUUUUAUACAGUGUGUAUUCUAUAGGCCUUUAUCUCGUCACUGUAGAACGCCGGAAGUAGCCGCUAAAAUCUGCUUAAGCGGUGUGCCGCCUUUUCCGGUCAUUACGUUCUGUCUAUGGUUCGACAUGGCCGCCCGUCGAUGGACUACUUCGCUCUCGCAUAUCCCGAAAGUGGGUCAAGAUGAUGUGGUGAGACUCGUGAAUGAACACUCCAAGGUAAAAGCUUCUAAGCUGGAGAAAGGAUACAAGUUCUUCUACGAGAAUUUUAUCUUCAAUUAUAAAGGUAAGUGGCUUGAUUUCUGUUGAGUUAUCGCUGAUUGCAAGCUUCAAUGUUUGUUAACGUUAGCUAACGUCAGCUUGUUAGAUCGGUUCAAAUAGGCGUACAGCCAAAAACAAUGUGCUCAAAGAAGGUAAUUCGAACAAGGUGACUGAUAUUAAUGCUAUUAAGAUGUUUCUGUGUUCACUUGGGAAUGUCAGUAUCAGUGGUUGUUAAAUUUUACUUGUGGAGUCCCAAAGGGUCUUAAGUUAACGUUAGCUAAUGGCGCGAAGUUUGGAUGGUCAGCUAACGUCACAUUGACUUUCCGAAAUGCUGCCGCGGUAGUUUAAGAAUGAUACACUAAGGUUGAGUUGUAUGUGACACAUUUGUUUCAGCGUGAUGAAGUGAUCUUUCCCAUUUUUACUGCAGUGUCAGAUUUAGUGAGUGAGGAAGUGGUAGUGCAGGCGAGCUGCUACCGAUCUAUGCGGAAGAAUGAAGAGCCUCAUACACUUCAGGUUACUUUGUCAGGAAGUCCGAAAGCAUGCUCUAGUCCCUACUCAUCGUCAUGCGUUACUGGCUUUCAGCAGAACAUAAUGUACGUUGUCCCUGUUGGAUUUAAUCGGAUUCACAGUUUGGAUCUAGACAGUGCUACCGUACCAAAAUACCCCAAACUUGUAAUGUGUAGUGAAUAGAGCAUGGUUUCAGACCUACACAGGUUCAGGUGCAUAUUGUUCAAUAUGUUUUUGUUUCUUCUGCUGUUGCAGAUGCUAUCUUCUUGUUCCAUAUCUGCUGUUGCAGAUGCUCUCUUUUUGUUGUUCCAUAUCUGCUGUUGCAGAUAUACCUUUUUGUUGCUCUACUGCUGUUGCCUUCAUUUUGAAUCAUAGAAUAGUGUACGUAGUGUCAUGUAAAUGCUUCUUACUGUAUAGCCUAAAUUUCCAAACUUUCUCUCAAAUAUUUGUUCUCCAUUUCUAGAUUGUGCUGCAUGCAGUUAAACCUGUGGAAUUGAAUGGAUGCUCCUGCUCGUGUGCUGCUGGAAUGGCUUUAUGCAACCAUGUGGUUGCACUCCUGUUCCAAACGGCUCAUUACUGCACCAUGGGGAUGAAAAAUGUGCCAACCCCACUUGCAUGCACCGGUGUGCUUCAAUCAUGGCACCGACCAAGGACACAGGGAAUUCGUCCGGAACCCACAGAUGAACUUGUGGUACGAAAGCCGAAAGCGCCAGGACGCAGUAGUGUCAAAUCUACGCUGUAUCGAGCCUACGCUGGACCCCUUCCUGACCCAGCGGUGUUGUCAGUUGGAGCCCAACUACGCCACCUUCAGCCACAACCCGGCAUUUGCAAAAUCCUAUGCGGCCUCUCCGACCUGACUUUGGUGGACUCUAAAUUUGGACUGGUUCCUCGAGGUUCAGUUCUUUCCUAUCAGUGCACACCAGUAAUCCCCCGAGAAAUUGUUAAACAUCCAGAUGCCCCCUCAUUCCCACAACUUCCAUUAAUUAGUGACUACACAUUAGAACGGCAUCUACAGUUUGUCCCCAAUUAUCAUCAGUUUCAUCACAUGCAGAGUUUAGAGGUUACCCGUGAAUUGGCAAGUAUCAUUGAAGAGAAUACAAGGGGGCAGUCCGAGAAUCCUUUGUGGAAGGAAGUCCGACAGCCCCGCCUAACUUCCAGUAGAUUCGGUGAAGUUUGUAGCGUUAGAGGGGAAUCGUCUAGUCAGGCUCUGGCAGCCAGGAUCAUGAAGGGGGUAAGGCAGACACCUGCCAUGAAAAGGGGUGUUGACCUAGAGCCAGAGGUUUUACAACAGUACAGUGACCUUUCUAAUGUCAAUGUCGCUCCUUCUGGAUUUGUUGUGAAUCCUGAUGCACCUUACCUCGGUGCUAGCCCUGAUGCCAAAGUAUAUGAUCCCACUGAAAAUCCUCCCUUUGGGUUAGCCGAAGUAAAGUGCCCAACUGCUUACAGUAGAACAGAAGUUACACAUGUGAAGUUCAUCGGUGGUCAGGCCAAACUAAAAAAAAAUCACAAGUAUUACUGGCAAGUGCAAGGCCAGUUAGCCAUAACUGGUUUGAAAUGGUGCGACUUCAUCACAUCCACACAAAGUGACCUCACAGUUGAGAGAAUUUUUUUUGAUGAGUCACUGGUCAGCGAAAUGAAAGAUAAACUUGAUUUGUUUUAUUUUGGCACAUAUAUGGAAACAUACCUGAAAUUAAAGUAACUUCCCCAAUAUACACACACACACACGGGAUCCCUUUCUUAUGUUUUUUUUAUUUAUGAAAAGGACAGACCUACUCACUCUCUCUCACUCACUCACUCACUCACUCACUCACACACACACACACACACACACACAGGUUGCUUCUAAGUCUAUAAAAAAACGUGUAUAAAUUGUAAUGGAAUAUAUAGGGAAUGUUUUUGUUAUUGUGUUAAUUUUCAUUUGUAAUAAUACAUGUGCUAUGUAAUGUUUUAAUGCAAUAAAAUGUAGACCAAAUAAAUCUAUCAUUCACUUGUAAUGAGCACUCAAUUAUAUUAAGGGUUUCACACUGGGACAUCACCCUUUACAUCCAGAGGGCCUUGGUAAUUGGCCAUUAAACAACAAGUAGCCCACAGUUGAUUCACAGAGCCCGAAAAGGUCAAAGGAAUGGUUGUGUCCCAGAUAUGAUACUCCUUCACUCUUCUUAUGGCUCUCUCCACCAGGAUUCUUAGCCGGGCGAUGUUCUGGGUUUUCUCUGUGUCCUCUUUGCUGAACCUGAUGCCUCUUUUGAAGGGGGGGAUUAUGAGUGUUGCUCCAACUUCAGACAGCAUCUGGUCAAUGACAAAGCCUUUAUCAGCCAUGCACGCAUCUCCAGGCUCAAACAGGCUGAGGAUCCCUGACUGUCGUGUAAUUUCUCGGUCUGAUAUCGAACCUGUGAACAGCUUUGAUAUAAAGGUGAUGACUCCACAUGGGGCAAUGCCAAUCAGUCCUUUGAAUGUGUUGGUGUUCUUGUAAGAAGAAAACGUUUCUGACUGAAGGGUGAGUGAGGAUGGUGUCUCACAUUUGAUUUCAGUGCAGUCCAGAAUAACACGCACGUUUGGGCAGUACUGUACAAACUUUGGUGGCAUUGUUGCUUGCACCUGUUCCUUUGACAUCCAGAUUGGUACUGACCCCAAAACAAUGAACAGAUAGUUAGCCCAUGUAAUUAUUAUUCUGCUCACCGUAGUGGUGCUGAUGCCGAAGAUGUCGGCAAUCACCUUCUCUUUCAUACCAACGGCAACUCGACAGCAGUAAAGAAAAAGUUCAUCAACAAGUGCCAGCCUCCGGUUCGGGCUCGGUUUCUCCAAUGUCAUGGCAUCGUUUGUCUUCUGAGCUCUGCUCCAGUAGACUAGCCUAGAUGCUGAGGGGGCAACCGACUCCCAAAACGUCCAAAAGACUUUUUCUGAAUGGAAACGGGUGUAG